UUGAAUGAAAAUCACGGAAUAUGUUUCCAGUAGUUUCGACGUUAAUUUUUUUGGAAAUGUUGGUAACACUAUCCUUUUCAAGAGUAAGUGAAGAAAACAUUCGCGAAUUUCAAGCUGGAGUCGACGCUCUGAUAAAAGAAUCACAAAAUUACACCUUUGAAGAAAAGAAUUUUGACACCAAUUUGCACGUGGAAUCUGAUCCAAAACACUACGACUUCAUUAUUGUUGGGGCGGGAGCUGCCGGUUCGGUUAUAGCAAACCGUUUGAGUGCAAAGCACUACAAAGUAUUACUCUUGGAGGCCGGAGGACCAGAAACGCCAUACACCCAAAUUCCAAAAUUAGGUCACUUCUUGUACAAUACUGGUUACAACUGGGGGUAUUUAACGACUCCUCAGAAACACAUAUGUAGAGGAAUGAUUGAUAACAAGUGCGAUAUGGCCGCUGGAAAAGCCCUAGGUGGUAGCACCGCCAUCAACAACAUGUACUGCACCAGAGGUAACCGUGAAGACUACAAUAAGUGGGCGGCUAUGGGCAACCACGGAUGGUCCUACGAUGAUCUUCUUCCUUACUUCAAAAAACUAGAAGACGCAUUUGUGAAACCCUUUGAUCCUGUAUACCGUCAUCGUGGAGGGCCUUUUCACAUCGAGCAUCCCCGGUAUUGGACCGACAUUACUAACGGUUCUUUAAGUGCCGGAAAAGAACUCGGAUUUGACAACAUAGACUUCAACGCUAAGGAACAGUUUGGAAUGGGCCGAACCCAACUCAGUACAAAACGUGGAAAAAGACACAGUACAGCACAAGCGUAUUUAGUACCAGCACGUAAAAGGCCGAACUUGGUAAUUAAACCGUUUAGUCACGUGACCAAACUUUUGAUUGAUUCUGAAAGCAAGGAAGCAACUGGUGUUGAAUUUUUCACGAAUGGCAAACUGUACGCAGCUAAAGCAGAAAAAGAAGUUAUUCUAUGUGCUGGUGCUAUCAACACCGCCCAGAUUUUGAAACUAUCGGGAAUUGGACCGAGGGAAGAACUUGACAAAUUGGGCAUUCCUGUGGUGGCUAAGCUAAACGUGGGGAGACGUUUCAAAAAUCACGUGUCCUUCUUAGGCCUGGGUUUAAUCUAUAAGAACACUACACUUGCCAAAGAAGAUGAAACAGCCGAAAUAAUUGAAUACCUCCAAAAAGGAAAAGGUCCUCUCAGUGUACCCGGGACUGAAACAAUCGCUUACUUCAAAACCGGUGCAUCAGGUCACAAAAGACGUUACCCCGAUAUCGAGUUCUUCUUCCAUAACGAAAAUCCAGCCAUUACAGCAAAGUCUUUCAGAUUUAAGCCUGAAAUUUUAGAAAGUUUCAAAUCCCUAGGCAACAAAAGAAUUUUGGAAAUUGGAGUGAUGUUAACACAUCCUCAGUCAACUGGGACUGUCCUUCUGAAAGACAAAGAUCCUUUCCACCAUCCUUUAGUUGAUCCAAAUUCACUUUCGGAUCCUGAUGACGAAGACUUCCGUACUCUUCUCGCUGGUAUCAAGAAGGGGCUCAAUUUCGCUGAUACUGAAGCUUUCAAAAAGAUGAAUUUAGUUGUUAAUAAGUACAAAAUUGCUGGUUGUGAAGACCAUGAAUGGGGAAGUGAUGACUAUUGGAAGUGCGCUAUUAAGCUACUCACCGUUAGUGUGCACCAUGUCACGGGUACUGCAAGAAUGGGUCCAAAAUGUGAUAAGGAUGCUGUUGUUGAUAAUAAGUUAAGUGUGUAUGGGGUAGAGAAGUUGAGAGUGGCUGAUGCUAGCGUUAUUCCUAUUACUAUAAGUGGACACACAAUGAUUCCGAGCAUUAUGAUUGGGGAAAAAGCAUCAGAUUUGAUUUUACAGAAGUGGAAAGCGAAAGGGACUCCACAGAAUUAAGUUUUGGUCCAAGGGUUUUAUUGUAAACAAGUAUACAACAUUUUUAAACCAGCGGUAUUUAAACUAAAAAAGUUUUCUCGGUAUUCUAAUGUUCAAAUUGUUUGAAAUGUAAUUUAUA